CAGGCUUUGCCUCUGCUGGGACCUUCAGAGGCCCCUCUGACUUAAAAGCACGCCCGCGGACGCCAUGCGGGGGGCUCUGACGCCCCUGUCUGUGCCGCCACUUCUGCUGCUGCUGUUGCUGCUGCUGCUGCUGCUGGGGUGCGGGCCGCGGGCGGCCACCUGCGGCGGGGCCGGCGGGGCAGCGGGCUACGCGCCGGUGAAGUACGUGCAGCCCAUGCACAAAGGACCCGUGGGGCCGCCCUUCCGCGAGGGCAAGGGCCAGUACCUGGAAAUGCCUCUACCACUGCUGCCGAUGGAUCUGAAAGGAGAGCCUGGCCCGCCUGGGAAACCUGGGCCUCGGGGGCCCCCUGGUCCUCCGGGCUUCCCGGGAAAACCAGGCACCGGAAAGCCAGGGCUACAUGGGCAGCCUGGCCCUGCCGGCCCCCCUGGCUUCUCCCGGAUGGGAAAGGCUGGUGCCCCAGGGCUCCCGGGCAAGGUUGGACCACCAGGGCAGCCGGGGCUUCGCGGGGAGCCAGGGAUACGAGGGGACCAGGGCCUCCGGGGCCCUCCAGGGCCCCCUGGCCUCCCAGGGCCCUCAGGCAUUGCCGUCCCUGGGAAACCAGGCCCUCAGGGGGUGCCAGGGCCCCCUGGAUUUGGAGGGGAGCCAGGGCCUCAGGGGGAGCCUGGGCCCCCAGGUGAUCGAGGCCUCAAGGGGGAUAACGGGGUGGGCCAGCCAGGGCUGCCUGGGGCCCCAGGGCAGGGAGGUGCCCCAGGACCGCCUGGCCUCCCUGGUCCAGCUGGCCUGGGCAAACCAGGUUUGGACGGGCUUCCUGGGGCCCCUGGAGAUAAGGGUGAGUCUGGACCUCCCGGGGUUCCAGGACCCAGGGGGGAGCCGGGGGCAUUGGGCCCAAAAGGGCCCCCUGGGGUGGAUGGUGUGGGGGUCCCAGGGUCAGCAGGGGUGCCAGGACCACAGGGCCCAGCAGGGGCCAAAGGGGAACCAGGGACCCGGGGCCCCCCUGGCCUUCUAGGCCCCACUGGCUAUGGGAUGCCAGGACUUCCAGGCCCCAAGGGGGACAGGGGCCCUGCUGGGGUUCCAGGGCUCUUGGGGGACAGAGGCGAGCCAGGUGAAGAUGGGGAGCCAGGGGAGCAGGGCCCACAGGGCCUUGGGGGCCCCCCUGGACUUCCAGGGUCUGCAGGGCUCCCUGGCAGACGUGGGCCCCCUGGGCCUAAGGGGGAGGUAGGGCCUGGGGGACCCCCAGGAGUGCCUGGCAUUCGAGGUGACCAGGGGCCUAAUGGCCUGGCUGGGAAACCUGGGCUCCCAGGAGAGAGGGGGCUUCCAGGAGCCCAUGGACCCCCUGGACCGACCGGGCCCAAGGGUGAGCAGGGCUUCACGGGCCGCCCUGGGGGACCAGGGGUGGCAGGAGCCCUGGGACAGAAGGGUGACUUGGGGCUCCCUGGGCAGCCUGGCCUGAGGGGCCCCUCAGGAAUCCCUGGACUGCAGGGCCCAGCUGGUCCUAUUGGGCCCCAGGGUCUACCAGGCCUGAAGGGUGAACCAGGCCUGCCAGGGCCCCCUGGAGAGGGGAAAGUGGGGGAACCUGGUGUGGCUGGGCCUACAGGGCCCCCUGGGGUCCCUGGUUCCCCAGGACUCACUGGCCCUCCUGGGCCUCCAGGGCCUCCAGGCCCCCCUGGUGCCCCUGGGGCCUUCGAUGAGACUGGCAUUGCCGGCCUGCACCUGCCCAACGGUGGCGUGGAGGGUGCUGUACUGGGCAAGGGCGGCAAGCCGCAGUUUGGGCUGGGUGAGCUAUCGGCUCACACCACACCUGCCUUCACCGCUGUGCUCACCUCGCCUUUUCCCGCCUCGGGAAUGCCUGUGAAAUUUGACCGGACUCUCUACAACGGCCAUAGUGGCUACAACCCUGCGACCGGCAUCUUCACCUGCCCUGUGGGCGGGGUCUACUACUUUGCUUACCACGUGCAUGUCAAGGGCACCAAUGUGUGGGUGGCCCUGUAUAAGAACAACGUGCCAGCCACCUACACCUAUGAUGAGUAUAAGAAGGGCUACCUGGACCAGGCGUCUGGCGGGGCCGUGCUCCAGCUGCGGCCCAACGACCAGGUCUGGGUGCAGAUGCCCUCGGACCAGGCCAACGGCCUCUACUCCACCGAGUACAUCCACUCCUCCUUUUCAGGGUUCUUGCUCUGCCCCACAUAACCCGCGGGGCCCUGCUGCCCUGGCCUCCUCCUCUUUAGUGGUAGAGAGACUUUCUCAGUUACGAAGAACCUGCAUUUAAAGAAAAAACCAAAGGCUGAACAGAGGUGGCCAUGGUCUUGGCCUUGGCCCAAGGAGACUGACUUGGUUUCUCCCUCCAUGCAGGCUGAGGUUGUUUCUGGAAGAGGCUGGCCUGAGUUCCUCUCCCCCAAGUGCCUGUGUGGUAUUGGGGUUGUACCCCCAUUCCUGCCCUGCCUGGCCUGCAGGCAGGGCCCCAGGACACUCGGCCCAGCUGUCAGAGACCCCUGCCCCCUUGUGAGUUCUGGGCUCUGUUGGGUGGUGAAAGACGCUGCUUCUCCAUGAGUCGGAGCUGAAAGGGGACUGAACACCCCCAUCCGUCCCUCCGGGGGGAACAUAUUCCCAAGCCCUGCCCUUCCUUCUGGCUCCCAGAUGGCACCUGCUCAAGGAAUGGGGCAUAGCUUCCUUCAGCUCUUGGCUGGGGCUCUUCCAGCUCCCUAGGGACCUCCAGCAUAUGAUGGUGGGUCCCCUGAAGAGUUUAUUUCUCUGCAGGGAAAAGGGAGAGGAGGGGGACCAUCGAGGUGGCCAGUGUGGACACCCUGCCAGGACAGCAACCCCAGGGGCAAUGCUGUGGCAUCAGGCCUGUUCAUGGCAGGUACAGGUGUGUGGCCCCUUCUGCAAGCUCCUGGGAAGGGCCAACCCCUUUUCACGGUUCCAGCCGCAGCCAUGGGGAACGGCGGUUUGUGAGGGAUAGGGGCUGUGAGGGAUGUGGAGCUGGGGUAGGAUGGCAGGUCUUCACAGGCAUCUCCAUCUCCCAGGCUGCCCCUAACCAGCUGACUCUGUGUAGCAUGAGGGCAGUCGCCCAGGAACGCAAGAGACGGUGAACAGGGGUAUUUCUCCCUUUCUCUCCUUUCACCUGUGGGGAAGGCUGAUUUUCUCAUACAAACUUGUAAGGGAUCCUUGCCUCCCCCGACCCAAGUAUCCCCAAGGCAGAGCCUCUCGUUUGGCCCUCAGAACAAGGUGCACACAAGCUCGGGGAUGAAGGCUCUGCCUGCUUUUCCUUAAUAAGAACCAUAUGGUGGGUAUGUGUAUCUACUAGAGGGGUUAAUCCGGGGGGGGGGGCUUCCUCUUCUCCCACCUCUGGUCCCAAUUUCCUGUUCGAAGCAGGAUUAGGGCUCAGGAGGCUGAGGCUCUGGGAAAAAGGGUGCCAACAGGCCCCUUUGGAAUGAGUUGGCUCUGGAUGUUUCUGUAAUUUUCCCCAAUCAGAGCUCCCCUGCAGGAAAACAGGCAGGAGCCCCCUCCCAUCCUCUGGUUCCAGGUGGAUGGAUAAAGCUGAGAUUGACGCUGGGGGCAGGGAUGGACGCGCUUGCCCAUGCAAGGAUAGCCACUCCCCCAGAGGUGGGGCCUCUCCUGUGGCUCUCCCCAAGCCAGCCCACCUCCCUGGACCAAGUAUGAGCCUGGGUCAGGCAAUGUGACGGGGUUGUGCUGCUCCAAUUCUGGCCCCGCCAGACCGUCCAUGUUGAAAAUGGAGGGUGACGCUGACUUCUGACUUCCUAAGCUGCGGUUCCUUCAGGCCCCUUGCUAGUCCUCCCCACUAACUUCUCCCAACAAAGCAGUCCAUUUGACUGCUCACGUGAACUUUCACAAGGAGAAAUGAAAACCCAAAUCUGCCCAAGUUGACACUUUAAGAAAGAGGUUUGGGCUGGGGUUCAUGGUGGAUUUCUUAUUCCCCAACAACCCAAGACAGCUAAGGAGUCUCAAACCAUACCUGGUGGGCCCUUUGCUUAGCCUCCUUCCUGGGUUAAAGCCACCACUGGCUGACCUGUUGGGGAGGGGUUCUGAUGGGCAGAAAUUCAUCAGCUCCCAAUGGGAACACAGGAGACCGAAGAGUAUGGGGGAGCCAAAAAACAAAACAAACCCGCUGUUCCAUAGAACUGAGCUUCUGCUAAAUGUCACUCCUGAAGCCUUUGGGAGGGGUGAUUGGUGCUUCCGAAAUGUUUAUGGGAUUUUAGUUCCAAGUGUCCAUUUAACUGACUAGCUUUGAUAAAUGAUGUCAGGUUUUACCAAUGAAAACUACA